UGAAUGUAAUUUUGAGUAUUAUUUAAUUUUCUAAUUUUUAAAAAUAAUUAGAGCGCAUAAUCUUCCGUCUAUAUAUAUCCUCCGGCGAAUUCUUUUAGUUCUGAUCAUCCAAAUCUCUCUCAUUCUCUUUCUCGCUCUAGUUUUCUCGUUGAGAGUCUGUUACUCUGUUUAAUUACAAGUUUUUUCCGGGAAAAAGUUUCUCGGGAAAAUAAAAGAAAAGAAGUCUCAAGAAAGAUUCAUCUUCGUUGAUCGCUACGAUGAAACGUUUCUUUUGCUGUCUCAAAGGAGGAAGCUCACGUAACGCAGGGCAAGGUAACGACGAGAACGACGAAGUAAACCUCGACCGACCAUUUGGGAAUAACGAGCGCCUCAAUCAUCUUUGGAGAAAUCAUCUCUCACUUCCUGACGAUCGUGAAGUUGCAGAUCCCACUGCUCGUUUUUUCCCUAUAUCUCCACCUCUACCUGAUAAUUGUGGAGCAUCAUUUCUAUGGCGCGAACUCGUAGACGGAACAAUAAACUUCCGGGACGAAUAUUUUCUCGGCAGAGGCAACUUCGGCGAAGUCUAUCGCUGCCGUUUCUCAAGACUUAAUGAGGAUGGAGCCGUAAAGAUUCAAAAACCAGACAAUCCAACUGGUCAUGUUGAGUUCUUGGCAGAGGUUACAACGUUACAUGCAGCUAAUCACCCAAAUGUGAUUAGACUUCUUGGCCAUUGUUACGGCCAAAGGAACCGUGCUAUAGUCUACGAAUUCAUGCCCAAUGGCUGUCUUGAGCGUCACAUCUUUGCACACGCAACGAGGGUGCAGGGUCCGUUUCCUCAGGGUCUACAACUACCAAUUAGGGUUUUGAAUUGGGAUACGAGGAUGAGAAUUGCUUUGGGUGUAGCCAAGGGUCUGGUUUAUCUACACCAGGAGCUGAAAGUGAUUAACCGAGAUGUCAAGGCCGGAAAUAUUCUACUUGAUGCAAAUUUUGUGCCAAAGCUGACUGAUUUUGGAUUGGCGACUAAAAUCGAUGUAGAUGAAAACGGUGUUGAGAAGCAGAUCCUGAUCAAUCCGAUGAAGGGAUCUUUGGGAUACAUUGCACCGGAAGGAGAGAUUUCCGGGUUUGUUUCGACUAAGACUGAUGUCUAUAGCUAUGGAGCUCUUCUGUUAGUGCUUUUCACCGGAAGGCAGCCUUUUUAUGUGAAGAAACCUGUUGGGAUUAGGGAGAAUCUCACUGAAUGGUUUAUCAGAAUAUUGCCUAGACUCGAGGAUGCGCCUGUGAAAGUUGAUGUUGCGCUCGGUUAUAGGUAUUCGGUUGAAGGUUUAAAGAAGAUAUUUGAUACUGCGAGGAUGUGUUUAAAGACAGAGCGACUUGAACGGCCUACUAUGAGUGAUGUGGAAGCAAUGGUUCUCGAAGCUGCAUCUUUCCCGGUCCAAGUGCCGCCCCAGGUGAAAAGGAGGCGUUCGGCUUCGACAUAUGAAGUUUUCUCCGGGGGUUUUUAGUAGGCUUUUUAUUUUGGUGUUUGGUUUUUCGGAAACAUAUUAUAGACUUGGUUUUGGUACUGGUUUUACCAUUUAAGAUGAGAUCAGGUUGUGAACUUUUUUAGAUGGUUUUGGUCAUCA